AUGGCAGAAAAACGGAAAUCGGACAAAGUCUAUCCAAUGUUCGUGAAAAGGACGAAGCCUAACGCGCCUGAAGCGUCGCACAGCAAUGCGACAGAGUCCACGACGCUGGACGCCGUGACGAGCGACAAGCUUCUGCGUGAGUUCGAGCAGCUGCUCGACUUUUCUUCUGUCGGAGGCGGAGUCGAGGGUGAAGAUGAGAUAGCUACGCGGCUUUACCGCAUCGCACGCGCGCUGCUGCACGAAUUCCGGCUCGUCGUCAGGCCUCCUACCAAAUCUGGGGAUGAACCACCACCUGAAGACGUGGAAUUCCAAAUUUUGGAGGCUGAGUUUUACUUGCGGCUGGAUGGCUGCCACGAAGACCCAUUCACGCAUGGAAGUGAAGAGCAGAAAGUCAGCGGGCGCUGGUACUUUCAUCGCGCGCCACGGUUUUCUAAAGACUCGACGCGUAGCGCGACGAGCACUACUGAAUACCGUGGUGGAUCGCGCAAAGGCCUGGAUUUGACAUUCGGUGGGGCCCUGGCCCCACAAUUGCCCAGUUCUUCAGGCCCAACAUCCGCAUCGCCUUCAAGAGCCCCGGCGAUCAACAACGAGCCACAGCGCAUGGGCGGCAUCCUUCUUCGCAGCAUCCGCGAGGUCAAGAGCAAGAAAAUUAUCUCUGGCCCGUCUUUGCUUGUUGACCGUAUCCUUGCUGCAAGCGGUGUGGGUAGCAUACAGGAACUUGUCCAUGACUCUAACAAUUGGGCUGGGAACACGUCCGCAUUCGUGUUCGCGUCGCCGACCGAAGCUAAAAUUGAUGGUGCAGACACCCCGUCGAACACGCCGAAGUCCACAGCGCUGUUCCUCAAACCUAUAUCCACCACUAGCACUGCUAAGGCAGAUAAUGUAGAAGCAGAUACAAUAUACUACUCACCACGCAUUGGGCUUGAACUCUCGCAUCCGGGGACAACGAACACAAAAAUUCACCCUCUCCAUCCGCGCAUCCGCUUCCUCCCCAAACGAUACCGCUUCUUCUCGCGUCCACACCUGCUCACCGUAAAUGGCCGCGCACAGACAUUUCUAGGCGUGCUACAUGCCUGCGUUGCAGCACACCCCAGCGGACUGGACAAACUGGGGCUGAGCAGAGACGUCGCGCGGCUGAGCGGGAUCAAGGAGGCGACUGCUGCCAAAUACUUGGCGGAUUAUAUGGCUGGCCGCGACGGAGGCGCGGCGCUUCUUGAUACGUUCGUCGGGCCUAAAGGAAAAGGUGUUGCUAGCUCGCCAGCGUCGUAUCUGAAGAUGAUGGGUGCCAUCUCCACUCUCAAUCUAUAG